AUGAAUCCUGGUUCAGAACCAACACAUCAGGAGCCGCACUCUCCGUACACUCUCACUCUCUCUCCCAGCCCCGAGCAGCCGCGCCACUCCGAGCCGCCGCGCCACUCCGAGCCGCCGCGCCACUCCGAGCCGCCGCGCCACUCCGAGCCGCCGCGCCACUCCGAGCAGCCGCGCCACUCCGAGCCGCCGCGCCACUCCGAGCCGCCGCGCCACUCCGAGCCGCCGCGCCACUCCGAGCCGCCGCGCCACUCCGAGCCGCCGCGCCACUCCGAGCCGCCGCGCCACUCCGAGCAGCCGCGCCACUCCGAGCAGCCGCGCCACUCCCAGCUCUUAACAAUAGCUUAUAUAACACAAUAA